CUUGAGUCCUGAAUCUCUUAGUGACUCUCUGACAGGAUGCCGCUGCUUCAGCCUCUGUGGACCUUUCUAGUCGGACACUCGUCCGUCCUGCAGUCCCCUGUCUUCCCUGUCCUCUUCUCGCUCUCGGCCUACCUGUCUUGCUGCGCCCCCUUCCUCCUGCUGGACCUGCUGUCCUCCAGGUGGGCCCUGGUGCGCAGGUACAAGCUGCAGUCUCAGAGCUCUGUGAGCUGGUCCUCAGCUUGGAGCUGCUUGGCUCUCACGCUCUACAACCACAUGGUGUUCCUCUUCCCAGUGACACUGAUGCACUGGUACCUGAGGCCGCUGCACCUGCCCCAGGAGGCCCCGCCCCUUGGCCGCGUGCUGGCCCAGGUGUUGGUCUGCCUGCUGCUGUUUGACUUCCAGAGCUUCGCCUGGCACCUGCUCCACCACAGGGUCCCGUGGCUCUACCGCAGCUUCCACAAGGUGCACCACACCUUCUCCUCCACCUCCUCCCUCACCACUGAGCACUCCGGGGCUUGGGAGACGCUCAGUCUGGGCUUCUUCGCCGCUGUGACCCCGGUUUUGUUGGGCUGCCACCCGCUGACGGAGCUGCUCUUCUUCCUGCUCAACAUCUGGCUGUCGGUGGAGGACCACUGUGGCUACGACCUGCCUUGCUCCACCCACCGCCUGGUGCCGCUGGGACUGUACGGCGGGGCCCCCCACCAUGACUUGCACCACCUCAAGUCCAACUGCAACUACGCCCCUUACUUCACCCACUGGGACCACCUAGCCGGCACGCUGCAGACACAGCAAGACUGACCUGCUGAUGGAGGAGUUCACAGACUGAUGGAGGAGUUUGUAGACUGAUGGAGGAGUUUGUAGACUGAUGGAGGAGCUCACAGACUGAUGGAUGAGUUUGUAGACUGAUGGAGGAGCUCACAGACUGAUGGAGGAGUAUGUAGACUGAUGGAGGAGUUUGUAGACUGAUGGAGGAGCUCACAGACUGAUGGAGGAGCUCACAGACUGAUGGAGGAGCUCACAGACUGAUGGAGGAGCUCACAGACUGAUGGAGGAGCUCACAGACUGAUGGAGGAGCUCACAGACUGAUGGAGGAGCUCAUGAAGUGAUUUUAACUCCUCUGAAGAUGUUGUUUCUGAACCAACUUAAAAUCUCUUUGCAUUAAAGGACUGAGGACCAGUAAUAUUUAUUCUUAGUUAUUCAUGUUUUAAUCGAUUGAGAGAUAUUUAACUUUAAUGUGUGUUUAUUUUGGAAAAUGUGAAUCUUAUUUAUGGUUAUAGAUUUUCUUAAAUGAUCGGAUUAUCGUUCAUAUUGAACAUCCGUAGUUUAUUGAGUUAUUCUGUUUAUUUUUACUGAUUUCAACACGUUCAUAUUUCUUCAGUUUAAAAGAAGAAUAGAGACGUUGAAUGUUUGUAGAGUAUUAAGAGUAUUAAUGUCUACUGUAAAUGUGACUGAAGAGUCUUUGAAGAAGAAUGUUUUGUACUGAAGUAAAUCACUGAGCAUAAACUUGAAUAAAGAUUUUAAAAUGUA